CAGAGCUCUCUAUAUUGGCGCUCGAAAUUCUCUCUCAAGAGCCCAUAAGCGGAAAAUCGAAGGGAACGAGCUUCAGUUCACUGACAGAUUCUAACUUCACUUUAUUGUUCUUUUUGUUCUCUUUGCCGAUUGAGGGAUUGACUGUUUGGUUUCCAGGAAAAUGGUGGAAUCGAACCUGACUUACGAGGAAUGCCGACGCCAGAGGUUGGAGGAGAAUAAGAAGAGGAUGGAGCAGCUUAAUCUGAACAAACUCGCCGAUGCUCUGAAAUCUUCCAGCCCUAAAUCCUCUCCGACGAAACAGCUAAAGCGUCCUCGUCAGCCACUCGAUAACUCGUCUUUCAGUGUGAGAAGGUCUAGUCGUUUUGCUGAUAAGCCCCUUCCGAACUAUAAGGAGUUGCCCAUUGAACCACUUUCAAGUUUAAGAAGGCCUUAUCAAAGGAGAGAUUUGUUGAGCCGGAUUUAUGCUUCACAUGAAGAAAGGCAAUAUGCUAUUAACAGAGCACAAGACCUUCAAUCUACCCUGGAAUCUAGGUAUCCAAGUUUUAUAAAGCCCAUGCUUCAAUCACAUGUCACAGGGGGAUUUUGGCUGGGUCUUCCAGUUCAUUUUUGCAAGACACACCUUCCCCAUGAGGAUGAAAUGCUAACUCUGGUGGACGAGGAUGAUAAUGAGUUCCAAACAAAAUACCUUGCCGACAAAACAGGUCUUAGUGGUGGUUGGAGAGGGUUUUCCAUUGAUCACCGGUUAGUAGAUGGGGAUGCUUUGGUGUUUCAGUUAACUAAGCCAACUGAAUUCAAGGUAUAUAUCAUCAGAGCAUACAAUUUAGAAGACAGAGAAGAUACCAAUGAGGAUUCUGAUGCCAUCCAGUUGGAAAGAAGUGGCAAAAAAAAUACCAGAUCAUCAGGGGAUAAAACCAAGGCAAAUAAUUCUGAGGAUAAAGGAGAUAACGGCGAGGAUUCAGAUGUCUCUCAGUUAGAAAAAAGUGGCAAAAAAACUACUAAAUCAUCAGGGCGUAAAAGCAGGGCAAAUAAAUCUGAAGAUAAAGCAGAUGAGGGCAAGGAUUCCGACGUUCCCCAGAUGGAAAAGGGUGGCAAAAAAACUGCUAGAACAUCAGGGCAUAAAAGCAGCGCAAAUAAAUCUGAAGAUAAAGCAGAUAAUGGCGAGGAUUCAGACGUCCCCCAGAUGGAAAAAAGUGGCAAAAGAACUACUAGAUCAUCUAGUAAAGGGAAAAAGUAACUCAAGGUUUUCCUUCGGCACAAGGUUUAUUAGAAGUAUCCCUAUCUAAGGCUUUUUGACAAAAAAAUUUGGGAGCUUUCAGGAAUUUUGUCAGUCUUAGCUCUCUCUGGAUUGUUGUAACUGUAAGCUGUAACAUCAAGAUAUAUUAAUUAAAUGACCCCCUUGUUCUGA